AUGGCGCUCCCCGACCGCGACCUCCCGGCCAGCGUGCUCGAGAACCUCAAGGACCAGCACUACUGGACGGACCUCCGGCCUGCCCCCAAGCGCCUCUACAUCCACCCGGACGAGCAGAUCGAGGCCAUCGACGUCGAGCGCGACACCGGCGCCGCUCCCGAGGACACCAAGGAGCCCGAGUACGAAUGGGUGCUGCCCGUGCACUUGCACGAAGACUGGUCCUUGCGCAGGUUCGCCGACGUCUUUGACGCCAUCGAGGCCAUCCCGCCCCGGCCGUCGCGGGAUAGCGAGGGCGCCGCGGAACUGGGGCCUUCUGGCAAGGACUGGAGGGGCGAGGAUCGCAAGAAGCGGUUGACCAUGGCUAUUGUCGCCGACGACUCGACUGUUUCGUAUUACAUUGUCCACGACGGCAUUGUGAAGCCACGUCAGAAUUGA